GUGCACCACACGGUGACCUUAUCGUUGUAGUAGACGAGUUUAGCGAAGUAUUCACUGUACGCGGUUAUUAAUUUUAAAUUUUCAUGUGAAUAACGAAACAGCGUUUUGCCGGAUAUGGCUUUACAUAAAAUGUGCACGUCAAAAAGCAACAUAUUACGAUUUAUUCAGCAGCAUGUUGCACAGAGAUGCUUUCCUGGAGCCUCUACCUUUCACUCAACCGCCAGUUCGUACAACUCGAAUAGGACAGCCAUAGUGCGCCUUGGCAGACAGACUUACGAGAGAACAUACCCGGUUUUACUUGUCCGUCCUGAUGGCUCCACUAUUAAAAUCAGGUACAAUGAACCAAAGAGGAUACUGAUGAUGCCAGUUGAUAUCUCUACGCUCUCAGAAGAAGAGAGGAAAGCCAGAUUACGGAAACGGGAUGUGAAAAAGACAGUCGCCAAGCAAAGGAAGGAUGAGUUUGAGGACAGUUUCAAAGUUGAUGAUUACAGCAAGUUCUGGAAGAAGUGACAAAAGUUGCCAAUACACUUUAAAAGGAAGAUUGUAUGACGAUUUCAUAGCUCUUCAUUCAUGCAUUCAUAUUGUAAUGUGUACAUAUAGAUGUUUGUGUACAUUUCACAUUUUUUCUGUUGAUUAAUAAACCAAUCCGGAGCUAA